AUGUUGGCUCGGCAGACAGCUCUGCGACAAGCAGUUCUCCCCACGACGAGGUUCCAAACCCAACGAAUAGUUGCCAGCCAGAUCCGACCUUUUAACAGGCGAAUAUCGUUCUUGCUCUGGCGUCAAAGGCAAUCGAGUCCUAUAUCGGUCUACUUCUCUAAGCCCAGUCCUUUAACAAGCGCCAACGGGGUGAACUCAGUCUACCACAGAAGCGCAAACCAGGCGGGGUCCGAGGAAGCUAAGAGAAGACUGAGAAAGGCGAAAUGGAUUCUCUUCCGAUAUCGACUUCGCCGAGCGAUCUUUACAACUAUUGUGCUCUAUGCUUGUUGGCAAAUCUUCAUCGCCGUUGUAUUCGAUCCCAUAUUCGACUGGGCUGACGCAGAAUGGGAGGCGCUGUCUGAAAAAGAGAAGGAGGAAGCCGAGGCCCUCCACGACCCUGACGAGCCGUUGGUAUUUCUCCCAUUCCCCUUCACAACCAAAGAAGUCAAACAACCACCAUAUCGUGGUUCGGACCCAGAGUGGCAAACAUUCGUCAAAGUUAGCCAGGAUAAGAAGCUUCUUCAGGAGAUCAAGAGUGGUCUAGCAAACGAGAUCAAGCGUGGUGUUGAGCGAAACCCUGCCUUCAACAAGCUUCUUGGUGGAGAAAUAACCGUGAGGAAGUACUGGCUUGACAUAAUCUUCCCGCCUGCUCCUCCACCGAUACACUAUGUCUCUGGAAUCAUGAUCGACGAAGAGGGCAUCUUCUGGGGUGAUCGACCCAUCGACUCGAUUGCUGCUAGCUUUCUUGCUAAGGCACUUUACCCCAAAGCUCUCGCUAUGGGUUGUUGGACCUUUGUCAGUUUCUUAACGAAACAAGUAGCGCUGGAUAUCUCAAAAGCGAUCGGCUUAAGUGAACCUGAUCCCCCGGCAUCUGGCUGGCACCAAGUACCAGUGGGAAACCUACCUGGCAUAAUUCCAUCUCCGGCUGCCACCAGAACAGCAGUCCAGCACGACCCCAAGGCACAUACUGCACAUCUUCCCCCAGUGUUCAACGAGAUCAUUAGCGCUGCAUUUGGUCCAGACGCAAAACUCGAUCCUCGUCUUCAAGCUGCUAGCAUGGCUGGUGCUCUCGCCUUUCUCCGCCAUUGGAAGCCUACCAAGAGCCUGCCCGGCAGAGGAUGUAUCAGAGUUGACGGUAUUGUUGAACUCAAGGGAAAGACAGCGGUAAUGGCAGUUCUCGUUGCGGGCUACUACGAUCCCAAGACUCGUCAGUACGUGGCUGUCCAGACCAUGCUCAAGCACUUGAUGCAGCUGAAGCAACGGCCUGCGCCUGGUUAG